AUGAUCGCGCAAAUCGACCGGGGUGAGCGUACUCACGGGUACCAACCGCUGCUAUCAACAACGUCGCACCUAACCUCGAAUUUAGUUCACGAAGUCACAACAAUAACCACAUUUCGUCGGAACUCGAAACGACGAUGGACCAAUACAAUUAAUAGCAAUACAGUCACCAUCGACUAUAAGCACACUAUACGUACGACGUAUCGACAACGCUUAACGAGCGACAAUCGUAGAAUGACAAUUCCGUAUUCGCAACGCACUACCAACACUAAGAACGGUUUACGCGAACGUCACUACUCGCACGACGACUACGGUGGUCAUAAAAUACGCACUACAACUACGUUCUUCAAUUCGAAUCCCACUUCUGAUAAUGUUAACUAUUCUACUAAAUAA